CAAGAACUGAAGAAGAUAUUUGAAGGGGACGAAGAUAUGAUUGAUGUGCAAAUGAAGAGUAUGAUGGGGAAGGAACAAUUUGUCAUUGUGAAGAACGAGAAAGGGGAGAACAAGAAACUUGAAGAUGUGAAAGACACCGACGUGUUGCGAAUCAAUGACAAAUACGUUGUCAAGAAGAGUAAAGUGAAGAUCAACUCGUUCCAAACGAAGGAAACGAACAAAGAAAAGGACACUGUUGGAGAGAAGAUUGUGCAAGACAGGCAAACACGUAUUGACGCACUUAUUGUGAGAAUUAUGAAGAAGGAGAAGAAGAUGACAGUGGACGACUUGAUCAAAGUUGUUAUCAACGAUCUGGAUUUCAAACCGAAAAGGGACGACGUUAAAGCGCGAAUAGAUGUUGUUAUUGAAAAGGAAUAUGUUGAGAAAGAUACUGCGGAUGAGAACAUACUCAACUACUUAGCUUGA